GAAUAUAUAUUCAAUAAGAUCUAUCUAAGAGUUAUAACUAGAGUCUAGUAGACUCUAUAUUCUUAAUCUACAGACUAGUCUAGAUCUAGAAUAUAAUAUAGUUAAAGUCUAGAUCUACUUCUAAACUAUAGAUCUAUAUAUUCUAGAUCUUUACAGAAAAAAGAAGAAUGGCUAAUGCAAGCUUUCGUAAAAAAGCUCAUCACAUGAAUCACAUAGAUUUGACGCUAGCAGGUGGUGGUGAUUCAGAGAUGUCAGAAACAUUAUCAUCAGACAUAAAACAAGAUCUGCAUGGAUGGAGAGAAGUUUUGUUACCUUUGGAGAGUCUGCUUUUGUGGGAACAGCCUUACUAUCCGGCAAUUUUAGUUGGGACAACAACUUUCCUUUUCUCCAUUGUUUGGUACACAGAGAUCUCUGCUCUGACAGCUUUUUCUCUUGUUGGUAUUAUUUUAGGGAUUAUUGACUUUGUUGUACCUUUUGUUGGACCUACAGUGACUGGAUACAAAACAUGGACAGAGAGAGAAGAAAUCAGGUUUUCAUCUAUCUGUGAAAAAAUUGCAGCCUUUCAGCAGGAUGUUAUUGAUACAUAUCAUGGACUUUCAGCUAUGAGACAGCACAAUGCUAAAAUGUUUUUUUUUAUUGUAAUGGGCAUUUUGACUAGCACAGCAUGGAUUGGCAACUUGAUAGAUAACUUGUUUCUCACGUACCUAAUGGUCAACUUUUUCUUGUUAACACCUGGCCUCCGUCAUCACAAGAUUACUCAAAAGUAUUUACAGCCCAUUUUUAACCGUUUUAAAUCAGGAAACAAAGAUAAAUCCAACUAACUGAAACAUCUUUGUGUAAUGAAAAAUAUCAAACAACGAAUCAAGUUAACAACUCCAAUCUCAGUUUCUGGUACCUAGUUUGGUUUUUCCUAUGUCAGGGGGAACAUAAUUGUAUUGCAAAUAUUACUUGAAUAAAAAAAACACAUUUUAGUGAAGCUUAUUUGUUCAUCCCAUCAGAUGUACUGUAUGAUAAAGUUUAUAGUUCUUAUUACAUAUAGAGUAGAGUCACUAUUGCGGAACAGUUUUCAGCUACUUUUAGUUUUCAAUUUUUUGCUCCGUAAUGGUUAGACCUAUGGAAAAACUAAAAGUAUCUAGGCAUUGCCCAUCCAUUUUCCGAUAAAAAUAGACGCAUUGUUUAGUUUUUCAACAGAUAUUUAAAUAUAUUUAAAUUUUACAUUCAAAUCGACUGAGAUAUGGUCAGUCACAAUUACGGAACAGGAUUUUUUAAGAAGUCACAAUUGCGGAACACUGUAAAAAUGUCGGAACAACGACUAUAUAAAGCAUAUAUUUAUUAGUCUUAUAUAAUACUUGAACUCCUUAUCUUUUACAUUAAUUUUAUUUUAUUAAAGCUUAAGACAACACAUUGUCACUUUUUGAUCCUUUACCUCUUUAAUUUAAUUGACGUCACACUACCCUGAUUUUCCUUUCAAGAUUUUAUUUUCCACUAUUCUUUAAUUCUUUUUUGUUAUAUUAAUAUUAUAUAGGCUUAUAUGAUAUUAUUUGAUAUUAUGAUUUGUCCUCUUUUUGCUGGACGUCUGGUAAUCAUAAAUUAUAUAUUAUAUGCCAUUUUAUUCUCUAAAUGUUUUUAAAUUAUGUAUACUAAUACAAACUCAUAUUUAAAUUCCGAUAAUCUAAAUCACUGUAAAUAUUAAGCUAAAUGCGCAGGUCAAUUAAAUGACAUCUAUAGUGUUCCACAAUUGUGACUAUCUUUAAAAAGGUAAAAACUGGGUAAACACCUCCUGAUUUUUUAAAAAUUAAAUUACUGGUAGAUGGCUAUGAAAUGAAGUUUUUCCACUUCCAUUUAUAAACUGAAAAAUUGGUGUAUCAUGCAGGUAAUGUGUCAUUAUCAUUUUUAAAAAGUCUUAAGCCCUGACGUAUGCGGUUCUCCUGGUACGUGAAAAAUAAUGGACGAUUCCACACCUGUCAACUUUAACCUGGAGUCAAAAUUAAUUUUCUGCUAUGAAAGGAAAACCCUUAUAUUGGAAAUGUAGAGAAAUGGACCAUUCGCAGUACCGUUACAGUAUUUUAGCAGAAAAUUUCAAAAUAAGUAGAUUUUAACUAAUUUCGACGAGCUGUUCCGCAAACAUGCCUGCUCCGCAAUAGUGACUCUACUAUACAUCUUUUUCAUAAAUCUAAAGUUUGUAAUGCUUUGAAAAACUAUAACUAUAUAUACCGGUAGUUAAAAGUUACUGGAAUAUUUUACAAAUACUUACUUAUUUAUUUGUCUUUUUAGGCCAGCUUUAAAAAAAAAAUAUUGAACUAGUAGUGUUGACCUUGAUUUGUUUGCUGUAAAAUGCCAGACUUGAUUUUUAGUAUCAUGUCUGACAUUUGGUAAAUGCAUCCUGCAUUCAAUGUUGAUUUUAUAUAUAGUCUGACAUUCAGUGUUGGUUUUCACAUGUUAUUUUUCAGUUUGUUGUUGAAAGAAAAUGUUUCAUAGUUACCAAAGACAAAAUAAAAGCAUGGCCUUAUUUCAAUUGCAUUAACUGUGUAUGAAUUUACUGUGUACCUGCAUUGUGACUAAACAUUAGACUUUUUUCUUUUAAACUUUGUUUAUUGAGGCGAAAACUGAACACAAUGCAGCAGUAAACUGCUUUCAACAUUUAGGUUUACAUUGCCAAAAAUUUGCUAAAUGUCAACAACGUAGAUCAUAAAUAUAUUUUUGUAUCUUGUAUACCACUUUAGUUUUAGUCAUCAUUAAUUCUAUGAUUUCCUUUAUAAAUUAUGUACCUGAACAUUUUAUUAUAUCUUGCUACCAUAGUGUACAGGUUAGCCCUAUUACCUUGGCAACUCAGUGUAAAUAUACUUAUAAAGCCACUUGAUUUUUGAAUGUUGCAUCACUGCAGGUUACUAACCUGAAGGUGAUAGUUGGAUUAAUUUAAUGUUAUGUUAAUUUUUGCAUUGGAUUUUUUUUUAUAACAGACAAUUAAAGAGCAGUUGGACUCUUUGAAAUAAUUUGUUGUUUUUUUUUAACAAGAAAGGAUUGGUCAUGACAAAACACAAACAAUGAAAUCUUCUUAAUUAAACCAUUUCUAGUUGGUGGCUGUAGAGUGGGAGCAUUCUAAUACAGUGUCACUGUUGAAACAAUUUGUUCACAAAAAUGUAUUUUUGAUGCAUUUUUAAGAAUAAAAUCUUUAAUUAAUACUUUCAGGUUUUGUGGCACUGCAAAAAAAAAAUUCAAAGUUGUUUUGAUUCAUCUAAUUAAAAAAAAGAGCCUUUGUCUUUCCUCUACAUUUUCAGAUAGUAAUAGAAAUGUACAUUGUCUAAGUUCCAAAUCAUUUCUUUAGGUUUUAUAAUAAUGAACAGAAGCUAAGAACACUGUAACUUUACAGACAAUAGUGAUAGCUGCAUAUUAAUGGGCUUUUAAUGCCAUGAGUUACAAGAGUACUUAAUUUUCUGUUUCAUGAAGUGUUUACACCUUAUAAAACGAGAGAAAAAAAUCCAUUAUUGAAUAUCUGUGCUCACUUUUUAAUAUGGUUUAACAGAAAUGUACAAAAGUCUUCAGCCAACACUGGUGAAUACAUGUACUCAGAAGUGAAUUAGUUAAUUUAUUUAUUUUUUUACUUAAAAAUUGACCAUUUAAAACUUAAGAUUCUUCCAUUGAAAAAGAAUGAACAUCAAAUGUCAAUUUUUUAGUUUUAUUUGAAGAAUCCAAUGUAACAUUCAUUAAUAAAAAUAUUCAUACAAAUA